AGUAGAGGAGGGUUUAACAGACAGUUGUGGCGAUCCGGCUAAAGUUUAAUACCUCUGGAUCAUCACACCACAGUGAUAUGGACUUCCUACUUCGCUUUUAGACAGGGGACCUUAAAAUAAUUUGGAGUAAUUUAUAUAUUAAAUAUAUUGUAUAAGAAUGGAGCGGAUGUGUAUUCGCCUGGCCAAACUCGACAUGUCUUUGACUUUAACUACAUUAAAAGUGAUCAGAUGGUGUGGACAGAGACACUUUCACUCCCGUCCAUCUGUGUCUGUCCCUGCUCGUGCUGAUCUGAUGAGGACAUACUCCUUAUCCUCUCUGAAACCAAGAGGAUCUGUCACUGUUUUUCCUUCAACUGUUUGUCUAAGAUCAAGAUCUGGACUGCUCAACACACGUUUAACUGCAUUCAAACCUGCAGUUCAACCCGCACAUGAGUUUCACACGUCAGGCCGACUGAGAGCUGUCCCUGCGCCCUUCGUCUGGCUGCUGCUGAAGCCCCUGCAGAAGCUCGUGGCCAUCAUACUGGGCAGGAGCAUCAGAAAGUGGUGGUUGGCCCUACCACCCAAUAAAAAACAGUUGUUUCGUGAAUGGACUUGGCGUAGACGCUGGCACUUGGCGGGGUCUGGGGCGGGACUGCUGUUCUUCAUCUGUCUCUUCUUCCUCACCCACCUGGACGAGUCUCCAGUUACAGGAAGGACCAGGCUGCUGGUGUUCAGCAGGGAGAACUUUAUGGAACUGGCUCAGUUCACUUCAGAAGGGUAUUUGGAGGAGUUUAAGGAGGCUCUGAUCCCUGCAUCGGACCCCAGGCACCAGGUGGUGGAACGAGUGGUUCAGCAUUUGGCACAGAGGAACCAAGACAUUGCUGAGAUUUCCUCUGUCACCUGGACUGUUCAUGUAGUGGACGGCCCCACCAUCAACGCAUUUGUUUUGCCUAAUGGGGAGGUUUUUAUCUUUACAGGUAUGCUGGAGGCUGUAGCAGACAUCCAUCAGCUGACCUUUAUAAUGGGGCAUGAGAUGGCUCACGCUCUGAUUGGUCAUGCAGCAGAGCAGGCCAGUUUGUCUCAUGUGGUGGAGCUCUUGUCUCUUAUUCUUCUAACGGCGAUCUGGGCAAUCUGUCCUCGGGACAGCCUGGCUGUGCUGGGCCAUUGGAUUCAGGGAAAACUAGUGCAGUUCUUAUUUGACCGACCCUUCAGUCGCAAGUUGGAGGCAGAGGCGGACCAAGUCGGAUUGCAAUUGGCUGCCAAGGCAUGUGCUGAUGUGAGGGCGGGGCCAGUGUUUUGGCAGCAGAUGGAGAUUUCUGAUCAGCUGAGAGGGGAGCCCACCAUCCCAGAGUGGCUGUCUACACACCCCUCCCACAAAAACCGUGUCAGACAGCUGGAUCGCCUCGUCCCUGAGGCUUUGGAGCUCCGUGCACACUGCGACUGUCCCGCCCUUCCCACAGCAGACCCCCGUAUCAUUUUCUCCCAGAGUGUUCGACUACUGCUGGAAAAUGCCAAAAAACAAGAGAUAAUAGAGGAAAAGAAAGAGAAAGAGAACGCUCGAGUUAUUUUACCCCUCCCUCCUCUCCCAACUCAGGGGUCUCAGCCUCAGCUUGGGGGAGUGCUGGUCACAUCCACUCUGCCACAGACUCUGCUUAAUAAAUGAGACUUGAUGAAACAUGACUGCCAGAGACAAAUUCAAGUUUUCCUGUUCAGUUCUCGCUUUCCAGUCCAGUAGCCCUGAAACAAGGCCUGAGUGUAUUGGCAGAUAGAAAUGGACACCUGUUCUUGAUGCAAUACAUUUGUUGUCACUUUGAUAGCCACAAGUCUGCUAAUGUGUUGUUAGUCAGAAAGUGUGUGUAUGUAUUUCAUUUGUGUGUGAAGUUUAAUGGGAAAGUUCAGCCAGAAAUGAAAACUCUGUCAUCAUUUACAAUACUCAUAUUGCAAAACAAAACUGACUGACUUUCAUUUGUGGAAUACAAAAGGAGAUGUUAGGCGGUAUGUUAAUCUCAGUCAAUCUUUACUUGCAUUGCAUCUUUUUUCCAUACAAUUAAAGUGAAGGGUGACUGAGGCCAUAAUUCUGCCUAACAAAUCCUUUUGUGUUCUACAGAAUAAAUAAAUUCAUACUGGUUUUAGUCGACAUCCGUGUAAGUGCAAUCAAAUAAUGGAGGAAUUCUAAAUGGACUUUUCAUUAGUUUUAAUUAUGUUAUUCUGACCCCUGUGAAGUUGGAUGUACCUUGGUGUACAUUAUACAUCAAAGAUCUGCCUCUACUUUAUUGUCCUCUAUAGGUUCCAGGCUGUCAUGUAACUCUGCUGUAUAGAGUAGCUGCAUAUGUCAGUGGGUUUAAAACUAUGUAGCUCUGGGCUUUCUACAUUAUUUAUUAACAGGGACAGCUGGCAUCAAAUGAGCCCAACGUUAAUAUUUUUGAAAAGCAAGACUAGGGAGGUAAGUACACACAAGAUAAAUAAAGCUUUUACAUGAUUUGUGUUCACCCUUUUAAAUCUGUAAAAGGGUGUAAAAAAGAAAAGCUUCUAGAAAAGCUUUACUGUGUGACUGUGCGAUGAGACUGAUAUUUUAUUUAAUUAUACAAUCCUAUGCAAUUGCUGUGGACAUAUUUUCAGUCUAUCCAGUGUUUUAGCUGGCAACAAAAAUCUUUUUGAAGAUUCUUAUUGUUUUUGAGAGAUUAAUAUCCUAAAAAAGGGCUUUCUUACAUUGUGGUGUUUUCCUUUAUUAUUCUAUUCUUCUUCAAGUCCACUCAAAAUGGCAAUUUGAUCUCAUUUUACUUAAUGUAACAUAGUUUAUUUUUGAGGUAAACAGAAUAUUCAACAAGAAAAAAAAAAAGUAAAGGACAUUGGACACCAUGUGUGUGUUUGUCUAUCUGUCUAUCUAUAUACUGUAUAUAUAUAUAUAUUUCUAAUCAUUUCUAUUUGCCAUAAUAUUGAUUACUAGGUAAACAUUCAAUUAAAUUAAAAAGA